AUGAGUCUGUCAAGACAUGUAGGAGGAUACGGAAAAAAUGCCUUGAUUCCAUCCAUCUGUGACAAACAAAGGGAAAUAUCGACUGCUAGUGGAACAUUUGAACAACACAAACUCGAUUUAAGGGGUAAAAUUGCCUCCUGUAGCAGGUUAAUGAGAUGUCACACUCUCAUGCCUGUUGUUAUAAUCGGAAUUCCGGUAAUGUGGAGUGCCGCUUUGGCUCUGCCUCCAGUUGUUACUCUGGUUGAAUUGAAGAAGAUUGCGCUUUUAGCUCUUGGAACCUUUUUUACACGAUUUGCGGGUUGCUGCAUAAACGACCUUGCCGAUGCCAAGAUUGAUAGACAGGUCGCUAGGACUAAAUCAAGACCAUUGGCUGCCAAAGAAAUUACGUACAAGGAAGCUCUCAUUACUCUUGCAAUCAAUUCUUCCAUUGCCCUGGGAAUCCUCUUGCAAUUUGACAUGAACACGAUAAGAUUUGGGUGUAUUGGAGCGACAAUGGCAUCUGUUUAUCCGUUUUUAAAGCGCUCUACAAACUAUCCUCAGGUAUUUUUGGGGGCAUCCUUGGCAAUCGGUACCCUCAUGGCAUGGACAAGCAUAUCAUUGGGCCCAAUUACUAUGGCUCCAUUGUGUAUCUACGGUGCAGCUUGCAUGUGGACUGUAAUUUAUGACACGGUUUAUGCACACCAGGAUAAAGAAUUUGACAAGAUGAUUGGGGUAAAGUCCUUGGCUCUUCACUGGGGUGACGACACCAAGAAAAUGUGCAAAAUAAUGGCAUAUAACAUGACACUGCUAAUGACCGCAUGCGGUUACAUUGCAGAUUUGUCGACUCCAUUUUACGCUUCUACACUUUUAUCGCAUAUUUGGAUGGAAAAGGAGAUAAAUAGGGUAAAUCUUAACGAUCCAGUGGAUUGCCUAGGAUUCUUUAAGAGGAAUACGAUUUAUGGAGGUAUUUUACUGGCAGGCAUACUUGCUGGAAAAGAGAGUCUGGAAUUUUCUCUAGAUCCAAUCUUCAAAACCUAG